CGUGUCCUCGCUGUCGCCGCCUGUACUGGACGCCGCCGCCGCCGCCGCCGCCGCCUGGGAGCCGCGCUGUGUUCUGGUCUCGCCUGUCACCGGUCCAUCGCCAACCCCACACCGACCCCGGAUCUGCAGCGUUAUUGAAGUGCAACAUGUUUUCUAAACUAGCCCACGUGCAGACGUUUGCGGUUCUGCGGCGUGGCGUUCAUUCUUCAGUGGCUUCUGCUACGUCGGUUGCAACUAAAAAAACUGUCCAAGGACCGCCAUCCUCAGACUACAUAUUUGAACGGGAAGCUAAAUACGGCGCACACAACUACCACCCUCUCCCGGUGGCCCUGGAAAAAGGGAAAGGUAUUUAUGUGUGGGAUGUAGAAGGUAGAAAAUACUUUGACUUUUUGAGUGCUUACAGUGCUGUUAACCAAGGUCACUGCCAUCCAAAGAUUGUGGAGGCCCUCAAAAGCCAAGUGGACAAACUGACACUGACGUCUAGGGCGUUCUAUAACGACGUGCUCGGGGAGUAUGAGGAAUACGUCACCAAGCUCUUCAAUUACAACAAAGUUCUGCCCAUGAACACAGGGGUGGAAGCCGGGGAAACCGCCUGCAAGCUGGCCCGGAAAUGGGGUUACACCGUGAAGGGGAUUCCAAAAUACAAGGCGAAGAUCAUUUUUGCAGCCGGCAAUUUCUGGGGGAGGACCAUGUCUGCCAUCUCCAGCUCCACGGACCCCUCCAGCUACGACGGCUUCGGACCGUUCAUGCCGGGCUUUGAACUGAUCCCCUAUAACGACCUCCCUGCACUCGAGCGUGCACUUCAGGAUGAAAACGUAGCUGCUUUCAUGGUUGAACCGAUCCAGGGGGAGGCCGGCGUUGUGGUUCCUGACCCAGGUUACCUGACGGGGGUGAGAGAGCUGUGCACCAAACACCAGGUUCUGUUCAUUGCGGAUGAGAUCCAGACCGGGUUAAGCAGGACCGGGAGAUCUCUAGCUGUGGAUCACGAGAACGUCCGUCCUGAUAUCAUUCUCCUAGGCAAGGCCCUCUCUGGCGGCCUGUACCCGGUGUCUGCUGUACUGUGCGACGACGAAAUCAUGCUGACCAUCAAGCCCGGAGAACACGGGUCAACAUACGGCGGGAAUCCGUUAGCGUGUCGGGUGGCCAUCGCCGCUCUGGAGGUUUUGGAGGAAGAAGGCUUAGCUAAGAAUGCAGAAAUAAUGGGAAACCUCCUGAGAAACGAACUGAUGAAGACUCCCUCGGACAUUGUAACCCACGUACGGGGGAAGGGACUCUUGAAUGCCAUCGUCAUUAGAGAAACCAAAGAUUGCGAUGCCUGGAAAGUUUGCCUGCGGCUUCGGGACAACGGUCUCCUGGCGAAGCCGACUCACGGAGACAUCAUUAGGCUGGCCCCUCCGCUGGUCAUCAAGGAGGACGAGAUGAUAGAGUGUAUCGAAAUCAUCCACAAGACCAUCCUGUCUUUCUGAGGACCCCACGGCUUCCGGGGCACCCGGGGGGGGGCACCCGAAUGUCAGCUUCCCCCCCCUCGCUGCGCUCGGUGCAAACAGAAUCCACUCCCGUCUCUCUCAGCAAGGACUCAAGUUCGAACGGAAUGGGGAUGAAGGAGAAUUUAGAGAAUGAUGUAGCUGUGGGAAUAGUAACUACUGGAAAAUGUAGUGAGAGGCAAAGUCAGCUAAUGUUAUGUUCUUACGCUAACGUGCCUGUAUAUAGCCAUCUGGUAAGGUCCUGAAAGGAUCAGGUUUCAAAGCUUAAAGUGGAAUUUAGGUGUUCAUCUUUUGAAUUUUCCCCCUCUGUCACGCUUCAUCACGUUUUUGUAUCUGAAAUGUUUAACUGUUUGGUGUUGAUUCCUGAAAUGGCUCAGCUGGCUAAUGUCACCUCAGGAAACUCUAGUAUCAGAGGGCUGGGAUGCACUUACAACUGAAACAUUUUAUCCAGAAACACAGAGAGGUUUGAGAUUGUUGGUAUGUAAACCGUGGAUGUGUUAUUUUGAAUUCAGGCUAUUACAGUGUUUAACACUUGAAAAUGAUUAUUUUAGCGGUGGUAAAUUAUGUUUCUUGUAAAUCAGAGUUCAGUUGCCAUUCUAAACAAACCCCUUUCUGAAAUUUGUGAGAUUUAUUUCCAUUUAAAAUAAAGCUUGUAUUUAAGAGG